UUCCAAAAUGUAAACAAAUACAGGCUAAGAAACGGGGCUCAAUUUGUAGCCCGCAGCCAACUCGCUUAGUCCAAGAUUUUAACUUUUACUGUGAACUUUAUCCAAAACAUUUGGUAGAGGAAAAAGCAUUUGAUUAUACUGAUAUUCCGUCUAUCUGUGCGGGAUCUAGGCUCUGAGUUGGCUGCUCUUUGUCAGUCAAACCUGGCAACCCUGCUCGCUGGCGCUGCAAACUGCGGAAGCGGAAACCGUCGCGUCGUGUCGUCUCCUCGAAGGUUCCUGAAGAUCCGCUCGGGGGUUAGAGCUUUAAUUUUUGCUGUAAAUACGCAUUUUUAGAACACGGAGAUAGACGAGCGCUGGGAUCUGCUGUGUGACAUCCUGCCACAAGCCGAAGCAGUCAGGAGGAGGAGAGACCAGCAUGAUGAAUGCUCAGUGAGCAGCAGCUGCACGCAAGCAACUUAAAAAACUAGACUUUGACAGCACAGCCAGGGUUUAUUAAAAGAUCGCGGUGGUUUGAUUUUCCACCUCCCCCCGCAGAGACCAUGACGUCCUCUAUGCUCCGCCGGCAGCUGAAAAACCUGGUCCAGAACUACUCUGAGGCAGAGGUCAAGGUGAGGGAGGCUACGUCCAAUGACCCAUGGGGCCCAUCCAGCUCUCAGAUGGCUGACAUCUCCGACCUGACCUACAAUGUGGUGGCCUGCAAUGAGAUCAUGACGAUGCUCUGGAAACGCCUGAAAGACGACAAGAACUGGAGACACAUCCACAAGUCCCUGACACUGCUGGAGUACCUGUUAAAGACCGGUGACGAUCGUGUGCUUCUGAAAAUGAAAGACAACAUCUACAUCGUCAAGGCCCUCACUGAGUACCGCUUUGUAGAAAAGGAUGGCAAAGAUCAGGGUGUGAAUGUGAGAGAGAAGGCUAAGGUUGUCCUUGUUCUAAUGGAGGACGACGAGAAACUAAAGGAGGAAAGAGACUUUGCUGUCAAGACCAGAGAGAAGACGUCAAAAAGUUCUGCUGCUUCAUCCUCGGAUACCAUCAAGGAUCCUAGAUACAGGCCAUGCUAUGUUCCCGGGGCCACAGGGCUUCCAUCCUUAGACAACAUACCCUCAGUGGCUGACUUGACUGCUUCCUUCGCUGCCCGCAAAGAGGAACGGCUCAAACAGGAAGCUGAAAAGAAAGAAGCAGAGAGAAGGGCUAAGAUGAGUGAAGAUGAGCUAAAAUGGGAAGAUGCAUGCAAAGGCAAUGAUGUUAAAGUUGACGCUUGGGGAGGAGAGAAGGCGGAGGAGGAGGCAAAACCAGACCCAUGGGGAGCUCCCAAAGAACCUAAAGAGGCCACAGAUCCCUGGGGCACACCCACAAGACCUGACACAACUGACACAGCAGGUAGCAGUGAUCCUUGGGGGGCUCAAACUACAGCUGAUAAAGAUCCAUUUGCAGCACCAAAAACUGAUGAAGAUCCAUUUGUAUCAGCAAAAACUGGUGAAGAUCCCUUUGCGGUGCCAAAGAAUGGAGAAGAUCCUUUUGUAGCAGGAAAAGAAGGACCUGAUCCAUUUAGUGCAUCAAAAGAUGACCCUUUCAACGCCCCAAAAGACAGUUCUGACCCCUUCAAUGCAACCAAAGACAAGGAGGAUCCAUUUGCUGCUCCAAACGAUAAAGCAGAUCCCUUUGGUUCGUCUAACAAUGAUCCAUUUAAUACACCCAAAGAUGAUCCAUUUAAUGUUCCAAAGGAUGAUCCUUUCAACACCACAAAGGACGAUCCUUUCAACAACCCAAAAGACGAUCCCUUUAACACCCCUAAGGAUGAUCCCUUUAACGCCCCAAAAGAUGACCCAUUUAACACCGCAAAGGAUGAUCCUUUUAAUGCCCCAAAAGAUGACCCAUUUAACACCCCAAAAGAUGAUCCUUUUAAUGCCACAAAAGAUGACCCAUUUAACACCCCAAAAGAUGAUCCCUUCACAGCACCAGCAUCAACACCCCCUAAAGAAGACCCAUUUGCAGCCCCGAUGUCAUCUAAAGACGACCACUUCAGUGCUCCCACAACUAAAAACGAUCCUUUCUCUGCACCGACCAAACCUGCUCAAGAGGACCCUUUUGCUGCACCAACAACACCUCCCAAAGAGGAUCCUUUCUCUACCACAUCCAACCAUAUAAAAGACGACCCCUUUGUUGCUCCAACAACACCGCCUAAAGAGGAUCCAUUCGCAGUGCCGUCCAGUGCACCACAAAAUGAUGCCUCAGAUCCCUUUAAUGCCCCCUCGGUGAGAUCACCCCAAGGCAGUGCAGAUGCGUGGGGAGCCCCUGCCAGCUCUCCACCAGCCACCGGGUCAGAUCCUUGGGGGACACCAUCAGCUCCAAAGGAAACAAAGCGUGGAGAUCCCUGGGGGGAUGGGGCAAGCGCCUCCUCACCCACUGAUAAUUCGGAUCCAUUUGGGGAUGUAUCCAAACCAGACAAUGACCCAUGGGGAGCCUCAGCUUCAGCUCCAGCCAGUGCAGAUGAUGCAUGGGGUUCACCUGCUCCACCCUCAGACUCGUCCCCAUCUAGUGACCCCUUUGGAGACGGAGCAUCUAAAACCAGUGAUCCCUGGGGUGCACCGAGCAAUGCAACUAGCAGUGCCACAGGAAAGCGAACAGCGCAAGAAGAAGAGAUGUAUAGAAAGACUGCUUCAUUCUUGGGCUCAGCAGGAGCGUCGCUGGUUGAUUUGGACGAUCUAUUUUCUUCUAACCCAAAACCCAAACAACGCCCCCUCAUCAACACGCUCGCCGCGCAGACACAAGCCAUGGGCAUUUUCAAAGCCAGGGGCAUGUCGUCUGGCCCUGUGGUCAGUUCAGGGGCUGUUGGAGGGGUGUCCCUUCCAGAAACAUCAGGCCUACCUGGCAGUCCUUUUGGUUACACCCUUGCGCCCCCCCAUGGUGCACCUUUUCCCACUUCUGGAGCUGCUAAUCCUUCCAGGCAAACUCCCCUUUUUCAGCUACCAUCCCAUACAAUGGAAGUGUCUUAUUCUGGCUUCAGUAUGCUGCAAGCAGCUCAGGUUGCUCCCGAAAUUGGAAUAGUACAACCCGAUUCUGUGGGAUGGAGUCCACAAACCCCCUGUGAAGGGGUGGGAAUGGUGCAGACUGGAAAUCCUGUGGGGAAUCUUUUGGCAGAGCCACUUCUGUGGGGAAGAGGAAUGGGUCAGUCCAGUUUCUUUGGAGGGAAUCUCCAAGCAAGAGUGGGUCACUUGGGAGGAUCCUCUCAACAGGCUGGGGGUGGAGUCCCACUGCAGCCGCAAUUGCUGUCGAGCAGCGGGUUAGGUGAGCCGGCCAGCAAGAACAACAAUCCAUUCCUGUUCUGACAUCUUGACGUGUAAAAUCUCUUUCACAUAUCCAAACUGAAAAGGAUGUUUGACUUGGAUUUUCGGACGGACAGUUAAACCACCACACAGGGUAGUCUCAAGUCUUAGCCCUCCAAAAGUAUAUACUUCAUCAUCAUCAUCACCGUUUAUGAGCCAUAAGAUUUCAGAUUGUGUUAAAGUGUUCCUUACAGGUAGCCACUGGUUUCUGUUAUCUUUAUCAUGUCAUGAAAACCAACUGGCAGAAGCUUGAAACUUUUUGGUGAAAGAUUUUCCAUCACAAAAAAGACUUCAACAUUCAUCACACAGCUUUCAGGUUUUACAGGGACAACAUGAAAUUUGGAAGAACACCUUUUUUUUUUUUUUAUUGAAAAGUUGAAGUUCAGCAGGUGAAUUUUGAAGCUCAGAUAUCAGAGUGUCCUUGAAUGCACCAGGGAGGGAGAGUUUCAAACAAUUGCAGUAAUUCAGUUUCAAGAAUCUAACAUUCAAUAACAGUUGUACUAUAAUUUGCACAAUAAAACGGAAUAAACGUUUGCAGCGGUGGACCGAAAUCAGUGGCCACCUGGAAGGUACGAAACACUAAAGUUAUUUUAUUUUUUUACUUGAUGGGCAAAGCAUACAGCUUUUAGGGCAAAAACAUGCAGAACAACUUCAUGAUCCUCUAAUAAAACCCAUCAGCUCCUCAGCUUACACCCGCCUCCCCUCCAGUCAAGUCAAAUUAAUAUAACAGCCAUGGAUUCAGUGUACACAGCAUAAUAUAUAAAUGCAACAAUAUGUGUGUGUGAAAUUGUGCACUUCUUAUUUGAGAAACAGAGAGUACCUGAGUGUGAGUGUCUGUGUGGAAAAAUUGAAGAGUUUCUCUGUGUUUGAACGUUGUGUUCUGUGACUGGACCUGUAAAACAUUAACUGAAUUGAUCUGGGAAAAACAUCACUGUAGGUUUUCAUUCAGUGUGCAUGUGUUUGUACAAAGCCGUGUGUGUGUGUGAGUGUGUGUGUGUGUGAGUGUGUGAGUGAGUGUGUGUGAGUGAGUGAGUGAGUGAGUGAGAGAGAGGUUGACCUGUAUACACCCAGUGUGUAUAUUGUGCUGAUGUAAAUAGUGGAAGUAAUCACAGAUAAACCUUGAAAUAUACUGUAUAUCAGAGUGUUACAAUCAUGAGUAACUGUUUAUUGAUCUAUUUAUUGAUUGAUUUAAUGCUUAUUUAUUGAUGCAGCAGUGGCCUCCAACAAAGGCAAGUUCAGGUUAACUUUGAUUACAGUGUCAUUAUCAGACAGUUCGACCUGUUGGUAUUGAUCCCAUGUGAUGUCAAGCAUGACUGGCUUUAUCCUAAUUGGCUGUUCAAACACUACAUUUUCAGUCAACUCAGUAACCAGUGGUGGCUUUAUCGUCUCUGUUUAGGUUCGUUGUUUCGUUCUGGAUUCGUUGUGUAAUUGAACAUGUCCUCUCUGUAUCUCCUGGCAUUAGACAAAAAGCUGAAAUUUAUUAUUGUACGAUGUUUAGCUGCAGUGUUGGCAUAAAUAAAAAAUCGAAUUUGAAAAUUCUUGCAUGCUGUCUGAGCAGAUCUUCCUCUGUAAGCAUAUAUGUCUGUCCUGUAUUUGGUGCGUGAGCGAUGAAUAUGAAAUAUUUCAACACACACGUGUCCAAGAAGGUAAAUAUAUGUAUAAAAGGCUCCGCUUUACCUUUUCUGCAUCCCUUAAUGUAGCUGUACAGACGGCCGCUUACUGGGAGCUGAAGCUUUUGACACGUUUUGACUCUGAAGACGUGAACAGUAGCAGGAUUAAUGGUAGUUUAUGAGAUCACGGUUCAGUAAAUCUAAGCCCCCCCCUGAGAGCAGACACAAACGGUGGCUUCCAAGAGGUCACAUAGUUUUGAAUUGUUAGCAUUCUUUGUGUAUCAUGGGCCCGUAUGUGUCCUUCAUGUGUUUUUGACUCCUGUUGAGGUUAACGUUGGUGGGAAAAUGGACUGAGACCUAAAACAGUUUGAGUUCCAGUAGAGAAGGAUGAGACUGGAAAAAAAUAGUCCAUAACACUAUUAUUAUUUCUCAAAUUUAAUUUUGUAUGAAAUGAAUUUAUUUUGCGCUGUAUUUAAAUUUAAAGUUGUGUUGUAAACUGUGACAGUAUACAGUACAUU